AACAUUAAGAUAAAUAGGCCAAGCGAUAAGCUUGAUUUUAAGAAACUUAGACUUUACAAAGUCACAAAGAAAAUCGGACCUAUCAAUUACGAAAUAGAUCUUCUACUCGCCCCAGGGAAACGAGGAAGAACUGUGUAUCCGAAUUUUUAUAUUUCGCUACUGGAAAAAGCAUUAGUAGAUAAAGAAACAGGUGAAGUUAUACGGGACGAAAUUAUUAUUUAA